AUGUACCUUAUUUUAUGUCUUAUUAGAUCUGAACAAAAUAUCCAUCAUGGAUAUCCUACAACUGAAGCAAUCACACCGGUAGCUGAAGAAGGAGUUUCAAACAGUUAUUACAAUGUGAAUGAUUUGUCUUACAAUGUAGACGAUUAUAGCUAUAAAGAAGUUAAAAUUCCUCCAGAAGAAAUCAAAUGGACCACAAAUGGUCAGUCAGAACAGAUACAUAUUGAUGAGUUUUCGUCAUCGGGAUCAGUUGGAGGAAGCGGUGGUGGUAGUUAUGGACAGAACUCCUAUUAUGACUUUAAGCCACGAUAUCCCACUGGUCACACUAUUCAUUACAGACCAUCGAUUACCAAACCCAAAAAAAUGUAUCAGCCAUUGAAAGGGAUACCCCAAUACCCAAUUCCUAAUAAAAUGGAUUGGAAAAAUAUCGGUGUAUUGCCUCUUAUUAAACUAGGGAUUCUCAAACUAAAGACGAUUGGUUUUUUACAGCUGAUGUUUCUAAUUGGUUUCAAGUUUAAAUUAUUUGUGAUAGCAUUAUUCUUUAAAUUCAUAUUGUUAUUGAAACUCAUGAAAUUUUUCAAAAUGCUCAUCUUACCGGUUUACAUUUUUUCGUUAAUUCCAAUCCUCACAUCAUUGUAUAAUCGUAUGGUUAACAUGCAAGCGUCCAACGGACUUGGUGGUAGUAGUUCGUCGGGAAGUUCUUCUUUCAGUAGUCUUCCUGGUCUUAUGUCUAGUGGUGGUUUCUCAUCAGGUAGUUCUAGUGGUGGUACUCGGCUUCCAGUUUCAUCAGGUAGCUCUAGUGGUGGUACACUGCUUCCAGCUUCAUCAGGUAGCUCUAGUGGUGGUACACUGCUUCCAGCUUCAUCAGGUAGCUCCAGUGGUGGUACACUGCUUCCAGCUUCAUCAGGUAGCUCCAGUGGUGGUACACUGCUUCCAGCUUCAUCAGGUAGCUCUAGUGGUGGUAUGCGGCUUCCAGGUUUAACAGACGGUACUUAA